GAUUAAAAGCCCCCAAUUUUUUUUUUUUUUUUUCUGUCACGUUCCAAAGAGUUCCGAAGCUCCGGGACACCGUCUAUUCAUGGCUGCACCCAAACCCUGACCGUGGAAGCCGCUUUUUUUUUUUGUUUGAUCCGCUUAACUUUUAUAUCUGCACAAGCAUUUUGGUUUCUUUUAAAGCUGUCACGUUUUCAUGGGUGGAGAUCUUCUUUUGUAGCGUUUCUCCCCCUCCACUUCUUUUAAACUCUGCCAGGAUGCAGUUCCGGACUGUCCUUGACGUGAAUGUGGUGAACGUGCAGAAGAGGAGGAAUCCCUCCAAACAUUAUGUGUAUCUCAUCAACGUCACGUACUCAGACUCCACUUCCCAUGUCAUCUACAGGAGAUACAGCAAAUUCUUUGACCUGCAGAUGCGAAUCCUCGACAAAUUCCCAAUUGAGGGAGGACAGAAGGACCCCAAAAAGAGAAUCAUUCCUUUUUUGCCAGGUAAAGUCUUGUUUCGCCGCAGUCACAUCAGAGACGUAGCUGUCAAAAGACUGAAGCACCUGGAUAAUUACUGCAAAGCUCUGAUGAAACUUCCUACCCCCAUUUCCCAAAGUGAGGAAGUUCUUAACUUCUUUGAAACCAAGUCAGAGGACCUCAAUCCUCCCACAGAAGACUGCGGCGGCUCUGGAAAACGCAAAUCAGGUCUGGAUGCUUCGGACCCCAUGCUCCUGGAACAAUACGUGGUGUUGGCCAAUUAUGAGAAACAAGAGCCUGCAGAAAUCAGUCUCCAAGCAGGCGAGCUUGUCGACGUCAUUGAGAAGAGCGAGAGUGGUUGGUGGUUCGUCAGCACAGCGGAGGAGCAGGGUUGGGUUCCUGCUACCUAUCUUAACUCCCAGAGUGGAACGCGGGAUGACUCUGAGGUGGGCGCCUCCAAAGCAGGCGAAGUUACUAAGCGACAUAAGGCUCAUCUGAAGAGACUCGACCGGAGAUGGACGUUGGGGGGUGUCAUCAGCCGGCAGCAGAGCCGAGAAGAGAAGUACGUCACCGUACAGCCUUACACCAGCGAGGGCAAAGACGAAAUAGCUUUUGAGAAAGGGGUUAUUGUGGAAGUCAUUCAGAAAAACCUUGAAGGCUGGUGGUUUGUCAGGUACCAAGAUAAAGAAGGUUGGGCUCCAGCUUCUUACCUCAAGAAGGUAAAGGAUGACUUCUCUCCCCGUAAGAAGGCCGUAACUGGCCCAGUGGAGAUUAUCGGAAACAUCAUGGAAAUCAGCAACCUCCUAAACAAGAAAACCUCCAGUGAGAAGAAUGUCCAGAUUGAAGGAGCCCCAGAGAGUCCUCAGGUUGCCAGGAAGGAGAUCAGCUUACCAAUCCUCUGCUCUGACUCCAGUCCUGUUAAUGUGUCGCAGGAAGGAAAAAGCAAAACAGAGCCUGCUUCACCGGCUGUGGCUCGUAUAGCCCCGCAUCGUGUGGAGAUCGGUUCUCCUAUCCUCAGGCAAAAACCUCCUCCUCGAAGAGAUGCAACCUUAGGGUUUCAGUUGCCCUGCCCUCCAGAGCCCCCUACAGUUGAAGCAGAGUAUUACACCAUUGCAGAUUUUCAAUCUUGCAUAUCUGAUGGGAUCAGCUUUAAUGGAGGUCAAAAAGCAGAUGUUAUUGAGAAGAAUUCUGGUGGAUGGUGGUAUGUCCAGAUAGGCGAGAAGGAAGGCUGGGCCCCAUGCUCCUACAUUGACAAACGUAAAAAGCCCAACUCGAAUCGACGAACAAGCACCCUGUGCCGCCCCAAAGUUCCCCCACCAGCUCCCCCUGUCAAAAAACAAGACUCAGUGGAGACUGCACCUCCCAGCAGCCCUGGAUCUGAGGCCCCAGAGUCUCCCGUGUCACCUGGGAGGCCGGUGUAUGAAGAGCCGGAGUAUGAUGUCCCCACCAUUGGUGAUCUGGACCUAGAGUCUGAGUUUGAGUUUCUGAGGGGAGAAAGUUCUCUGGUGGAUGUAAAAAAUGACGAAACUUCUUCUGAAAAGGGAUCUCAACUGUCCUCCAAACCAUCGCCGGCUUCAUCACUUCACAGCGCCUCCUUUAAGUUUGGAGAAUCAUUUGAGGAUGGGCACGAAGCAGAGGGGGAGGCAGAGGGAGAGGAAGAGUGCAUCUAUGAGAAUGAUGUGUUCCUGCCCUUCAAACAGACCCCAGAGAGGCAGUGCAGCAGGGACUCAAACUCCUCCAAGACAAGUGUCUUAUCGGAAAACGGCAAGCCUGCAAACCCGUCUUCAGGUGGAUUUAGACCUGCUGGUAACAGGUUUAAGACAGACUUGAAUGGGAGCUCUUUUUCACCCCGAUCCGAAGAGGCAUCUAGUCCGAAAUCUCUCUCCAAUGAAUCCACCCCAGAUCUGUUGAGACCAAAGAAAGACCAUGAGGAGAGCAAGGCUAUGUUUAAGUCCUCCAAUAAACCAAGGCCGGUAGUGAGACCUAAACCACAGGUAACCAAGGCCUCCAGUGCAGAGAAGAUGGACAUCAGCACCUUAAGAAGACAGCUGCGACCCACAGGUCAGCUGAGGAAUGGCACCAAAACCAAAGGCGAAGACUCUGAGACAGCUUCCGUCAUUUCCUCUGAAGACUCCUUCUCCUCUCAGAGUACUUCUGAUCUUUCUUCCAUCUACUCGAAAGGAAGCCGAGGUGACUCUGACCUGGAAGGCUGCAGCCUGUACCGCACCACAGAUCCUUAUGAGAAAGUCCAAGACUCUGAGCUCAGCUUCCCUGCUGGAGUGGAAGUGGAAGUCCUUGAAAAGCAGGAAAGUGGCUGGUGGUACGUCCGUUGGAGAGACACUGAGGGUUGGGCUCCAACUUACUACCUUGAGCCCGUCAGGCAGCCAGACGACGUGGCAGAGUACGAAUCUGAUGGGACUCUGGCUAAACCUGGGAGCCUCAGCAAGUCUAACAGUCUGGAGAAGAACGAACAAAGGGUGCGGGUGUUGAACAACAUCAACCAGAAUCUGAAAAAGUCUCCACCCAUCCCCUCUAAGCCUCCAGGUGGUCUUUCCAAACCUACCAGCUUGUUCGGCUCAAUAAAGCAGAACAGCACCAAACAACAGCAGGUUGUCAGACCCCAGUCAGUCUUCAUCUCAGCUCCAGUCAGAGAUGGUCCCAGCUCUAUUGGCUCACUCAGAAGAAACGAGUCCCUCACUUCAGCCGACAACCCACGCUCCAGCCCAACGGUGCGUCGCAAUGCCUCGUUUGGUACCGUGCCUCGAAGCCUGGCGCAAAACAGCAUAGCGCUUCCUAUCAGGAGUAAGUCUGGUACAGGCAGCGCCGAAUCUCUUGGUUUAAGCUGUCAAAAGAAUGCUCUUCCAGUGUCUGCGGUGAAACCGAAACCCCACAUCAUCCACAACAACCUCAGAGAGGUUUACAUUUCCAUCGCAGAUUAUCCAGGCGAUGAAGAGACGAUGGGCUUUCCUGAGGGGACGAAUCUGGAGGUUCUUGAAAAAAACCCUAAUGGCUGGUGGUACUGCAAGUUUCUGGAAAAUGGUAGACCAAGAAAAGGAUGGGUUCCUUCGAAUUACCUGGAGAAAAAGCCCUAGCACCCUUGUGUCAGGUCUUCAAUACUCUCUCAAGGUCAAUCAGAUGGAAUUUUUUUUUAAAUGAGGCUAAUCUGGUACCUACACCAAAACAAGCAUCAAAACCAAAAUUUUAAGAAAUUAACUAGUGGAAAAAGUCAUAUGUAUUCAAAGCCAGUUUAACACCGUGUCUUAAAAGAGAUAACCGGAACACAGCAGAAUUGUUGAAUUUUCUCCAACAUUUACAUUUAACUUGAAGAAUGUCUAAAUGUGUCUAAUCUUUGAACAGUUUUCUGUAUUUUGUAAAACAUAGUUUUAAAUGCUUUUAAAGAAUAUUCAGCUUAUUGCAUGUUUGAAGUGAUUCAUUAUACCAACAACGCCUUGAGCUGUUGAAAAUAACCAGUUCUCCAUUUGUUAAUAAAAAGCCCUGUUGUUAAAGAUGCUUUACAUUAGUCUCAUCUUGGUGCUGCAUGUUUUUUAUAUAAACCUUGAAAAUGUAUGUCAUCUUUUUGUAAAGUAUUUUCUCUGACUAAUUUUGUAAUAUUGUCCUAAAGAAACAAAUUGUGAGCAUCUCAGUUUAUCAGUAUUUUGUUAAAAUUGUAACAUUUUUAUGCUUCUUUCCUGUUUUUAAUUUUCUUUCUGAAACUUUUCUUUAGUAAAAAAAAAGAUAUUUAUUCAUUACCUACAAAUGUAAUAAAAUUCACCUUUUCAUCAUCUCUAAACUGCUCUAUUAAAUACAAUAAAAUUUAGAAUUUCUGCUGGGCAGUAAAUUUGACACAACUCUCUUUCUUUGAGAUGCUCACUUUUGUUUUAUGUUUAAAAUAUGUCCAGUUAUAAUAACUGAAGUGCCAAAUAAUGACUUUAAUAAAUGCACUUUUAAACAGC